AUGCCGCACGCCGACUCCUCCUACUUCGGCGGCUCCGGCUCCAAAGCCGAGAUCUAUACGCAGGUGCUCGAGCAAGCCAAGGGACUCGUGACCGGACAGCGCAACUGGGUAACUCACACGAAUGCUCCCAGACACCCUUCAGAAUUGACAAUCAACAGUAACUUCUCCAACGUCGCCUCGCUGCUCUGGCACGCCUACGCCGCCCUCCCCUCGCCGUCCUCCUCCGUCAACUGGGCCGGGUUCUAUAUCCGCCAAGAUAAAUUCCCCGUCCUCUCCUCGACCUCACAGGACACCCCGAAGAAAGAUGAUAUCCUCUUGUUGGGCCCCUUCCAAGGCCGACCGGCCUGCCAAGAGAUCCGGUUCGGCCGCGGGGUCUGCGGAACUGCUGCCCAGAAGCGCGAGACCGUCGUCGUUCCGGAUGUGCUGAACUUCCCUGGUCAUAUCGCGUGUGAUGCGAGCAGUCGGAGUGAGAUUGUGGUACCCAUCUUGGCGGGAGGUGAAACCGUGGCGAUUAUCGAUAUCGAUUGUACGGAACCGGAUGGGUUCGAUGAGACGGAUAAGAAGUAUCUGGAGGAACUUGCAGCGCUUCUGGCGGAUAGCUGCGAUUGGUGA